CCUCGCACAAACAGAAAAUAGGUGAAAAUAAUGAGCGUGAAUUACGAGCAAAAUGCGGCAGAUGAGCAGUUCGCCCGGGCACACAAGGCAGUCAGUCUGUCGGACGACGAGGAGGAGGCGGAGGCGGAGGAGUCCACGUCCCAGGACGAUGGGCCACCGGCGAGUAAACGAGCCCGCGAGUUCUACGAGGAGCCGGGUGGCGGGAAAGGAGGUGAAGGAGGCGAGGCACCAGAUGAUCGGGAGGAGGAUCCGGAUCAGGAGCAGGAUACUGAGGCCGCCGCCGCAGGAGGAGCGGCCAACACACAUGUGGUGGCGCACCACUACAACGAGCUGAAGGAGGGCGGUCGCAAGGAUCGCCAGCAGUCGAAGAUCUUCUUCAUGCGCAACUUCAACAACUGGAUCAAAAGCCAGCUGAUCAACGAGUACAUGUCGCAGAUAAAGCAGCAAAAGCGAAUGGGCGACGCCCUGCGCGUCCUGGACAUGUGCUGCGGCAAGGGCGGUGAUCUCUUGAAAUGGGAGAAGGCCUCCAUUUCCCACCUCAUCUGCACGGACAUCGCCGAGGUCUCCGUGGAGCAAUGCCAGCGGCGCUACAAGGACAUCCUGCAGCGUGCGGAAAAGUCCAAGUUUGCCAACAAGUUCACCGCCGAGUUCUUCGCCUGCGAUUCUACAUUAGUGCGCCUGCGGGAACGCUACAAGGAUCCCUCGCUCCAGCUGAAUCUCGUGUCCUGCCAGUUUGCCUUUCACUACUGCUUUGAAUCGAUGGCACAGGCCGAUUGCAUGAUGCGCAAUGCGGCGGAGUGCCUGAAACCAGGUGGUUUCUUCAUAGCCACCAUGCCGGAUGCCUACGAGAUCAUCAGGAGACUCAAGGCAGCCGGUCCGGAUGCCCGGCGUUUCGGCAACGAUGUGUACAGCAUUGAAUUCGACUGCGAAACGGAUCCGCUGCCCUUUUUCGGAGCCAAGUAUCAGUUUCAUCUGGAGGGCGUAGUCGAUUGUCCCGAGUUCCUCGUGCAUUUUCCCACGCUCAUCAAGCUGGGCAGGAAGUACGGCCUGCAGUUGAUACGAAGGUCCACAUUUGCGGACUACUACAAGGAGAGUCUGCCCCACGGCCGGCAUCUCCUGCAGCGAAUGUCCGGUUUGGAGACGGUCCACCCGCAGCGCUGUGAAAACGAUGAGCAGUUCGCCCACGUGCGGAAUUUCCAGGGAGCACAGCGCGGCCGGCCGCUGGGAACCCUUUCCAAAUCCGAGUGGGAAGCAGCAACCCUUUACCUGGUUUGUGCCUUCAAGAAAUGCAAAAACACCUGGGAUACCAAUGGCAAACCAUUGUUUGAAUUCGAUGACUGAAUAUUGCCAAAAAUCAAACAUUUUGCGUUAUAGGUUAUUUAUCUGUAUUCGUGGCCCAAACAUUUUUAAAAAUCAUAUUAUACUCGAAAGCAUGAACAGAUUUCAGAUUGCUGAAAGGCUUAGACCGUAAGUGGAAUUUUGUAAUUAAUUAAGAAGGUAUGUUUGUUUGUGUUCAUAGGUAUCCAAUUCAAUUUAAUAUUCAAUUUUACUUUUGGUUAGCCAAAAACUUGAUUGUUCAUUUUAGCUUAAAUAUAACAAGUAAAUAAACAAAAUGGAUUUAUUUAAAAGAAC